AUGAUGCGUUCAAAACACUAUCAUCGAGCUGAUGUAAUUCUUGGUAAAUGUGAAACAACGCCCGCACUCGUUGAAUCAAUCCAGUUUCAUGGAAUAGAAAACACGAAAAAUGAUGCACUUGUGAAAGAAAUUGCGCCGAUUUAUAAGAGUGCAAAUGUUGCUGAAUUAAUUCAUAACUGUAAUCUUGCUGCCAAGCAUAUGCAGGAAAUUGGGCUAUUGGAUGAAGCAACAGCUUUGGUUGACGCGUCAAGCGAUAAUCCUCAUGGUUAUAUUGUCAAUUUUUUGGUCAAAGAACCGAGACCAUAUUCACUUGGAAUGAAGGUAUAUUCAGAUUAG